AAAGAAAAAAAAAAAAAAAAAAAACAAGAAGUGCAAAGUUGUGAAGAAGAAGAAGAGUGAGUGAGUGUCCAUGGCUUCUGGUUCUCUCUCUUCAACAUUCUCUCUCUACAUUUCUCACUUCCUUUCAUCUCGAAGCUCACGCGGAACCUGUAAUGGGUCUUUCAACUUCAAUGCGGGAAAGCGUUCUAUGGCAUCCUUCUCAUCCAAGGACAAACCCAGAUUCGUGGACCAAAUUCUUGAUUACAUUGAAGGGGGGCCAAAGUUAAGGAAAUGGUAUGGGGCACCUGAUCUCCUCCCGAAAGAUGGAUCCAUGUUGGAAGAAGAUGAUGAAUCUCCAGAAGAAGAUGAAAUUAGGGAUGCAGUUUUAGUAACCGAUGGAGAUAAUGAGAUUGGCCAGAUGAUAAUAUUAUCGUUAAUUGUCAAACGAACUCGGGUUAAAGCAUUGGUGAAGAAUAAACGGGCUGCUGUUGAAGCCUUUGGGACUUAUGUUGAGCCAAUGGCUGGAGAUACAAAUGACAGGUCAUUCCAGAAGAAGGCUCUAAGAGGUGUUCGUGUAAUAAUAUGCCCAAAUGAAGGUUUCUUAUCACAAGUCGAGAGCCUGAAAGGAGUACAGCAUGUUAUUCUAUUAUCCCAGUUGUCUGUUUAUAGAGGUGCUGGUGGGAUUCAAGCUCUUAUGAAUAGCAAAGCAAGAAAACUGGCAGAGCAAGAUGAAUCAAUUGUAAUGGCUUUGGGAAUUCCUUACACCAUCGUCAGAGCAGGGUCAUUGCAAGAUUCUCGUGGGGAGAAGCAAGGCUUCAGUUUUAAGGAGCUAUUCAGAGUCCAUUGAUUGCGAAAAGAUGCUUAUUUAUUUUUUAUAAGGUGUUAGGAAGCCACAUGGUAAUGAACCAUUUGCUUUUGUUCCUACUACAGUUAAAUAUAUCUCUUGGAGAAAAGUUUGAAUGGAAAUAAAUGGAAUCAUCACCAAAUUGCAUUUAAAAUAAGAACUUAUCUAGUUUCUCAAAAUUAAAAUGCUUACGCAUAAAAAACCAAUAUUGUAUAAAAUGCUAAAAUAAACAGACAUUUUUUGAAAUGCAUGAAUAAAAGUAAGAUAUAUUAUAUUUCCAAGAGAUCACACAUGCAUUCCUUGAGCAUGCUCUUGUUCUUGCUUACUAAUAAUAACUUUUGCUGACUUA